ACCAAAUAAUACAAUCUAAACAUUAUAUACACACACAAUUAUUGUAAUAAAAUAAAUAAAAUACCCCUGAAACCAACCAGACAGCCACAACCCCUUUUUUUCUUCUGCUUUUAUUUAAUCUGCAAUCACAGUCCACCAUACAUGACUCAUAUGACAUAGCCAUCAACCAUAACCUUUCAUCAUCAUUCAUCCCCAUCCAUCUUCUCUCUUAGGACCAAUAAAAAGAAAAAAGAAAAUUAAACGGAAAAAACAGGGGAAAAGGAAAGGGAUAUUUGGAAGGAUAGACUUAGUAGGAAAGGGUGGAAAAAACAUGGCUAAUGUAUUCUAAUGUCCUCCAAACGAACAAAGCUCAUUCAUUCAUUCUCUCUCUGAAAAAAUAUAUUCCAUAAAUACCCUUGUUGGUUUUUGUUGUUUGAUUUCUGAGAGAUUGGGUGAUUGCCACAAUGCCCCCCAUUUCUAUCCAAGUUCCACCUUCAUCACAAGCCACCAACUUUCCUUUCCAAAAUUCCUCUUCUCAUAUAUUUUUUCUGGGGCCCUUUUUGGGGUUUUCACUUCCUCAACUUCUCUUCCAUUCAAUGUUUCCACAGAAAAAAAAAAGAGAAAGUGAGAAACUUCAGCCUUCUUCUCUCUAUAUUAUCACUUUUCACACCUUCUCUCUUUCUCUCUCUCUCUUAUUAUUAUUCUUCUUGUUUUCUCUGAAAUCUUAUCUCUUUUCUCAAUUCUUCCUUUUUAUAAUUGCCUUUUCAUUAGGGUUUUCUUCUUUUUUUUUUCUCUGUUUUUCCCCUGUUCUAGGGUUUGUGUUUUUGGUUGAUUCCUGCAGAUUUGGGGGAAAUUGGUUGAUGGGUAUUUGAUUUGAUCAAAAGAUUCUUAAGGGUUUUCAUGGAUUCUCGCCGAUCAACUUCUGGUGACGAGAUUGCUAAAAUUAGGGAAAAACAUCAGUCUUUGUUGCAAGAUUACUUGGUCUUGCAAAAGGAUUGUGUAUCAAAGAAGAGAAAGCUAAAGGAAACAAAUGAAAAGAAAGAGACCCUUUUGGAUGAAAUUAGAUUUCUAAAGCGUAGACGAAAUCUGUUGUUGAAGUUGAAAUCACAAAAGCUUCAACCACAACAAGAUACCAUUCAAUUACAAAAAGCACCUCUUCAACAUGAAGUUGGACAAGGUGGAAGUCGCGCAAGCACAAGUGAGCCACAAUUGCAAACUUCAUUGUUACCAGUUGGUUCGAUUUGGAAUUCGGCUAGCCUCCCUAGAGAGGAAAUUGGUUUUCCGUCGGUGAAAUUAGGGAAGAAGUCUAAGGAUUUGUUUAGUAAUGGCAAAAGAGUUGAGAAGAGGAAAAUUUCUUGGCAAGAUCAGUUGGCGUUGAAGGUUUAAGUAUUUAAACUUUUGUGCAGAAAACAGGAGUUGACUAUGUAAUUCUUUCUUUUAUCAAUAGCUUCUUUCUAUAGAAUACAUAAGAGUGUUAAAUAUGUGUCUUAUUAGCAAUGCCUUGGAACCUGUUGGGUAUGUGAUGGAUGAGUUCUAUAUGAAAUUUUCAAUGAAUUCUUGUCAAAUAAUAAGAGCAAUUUUUUCAAUUUAAGUUUUACUUGUUUAAAGCUUGAUGGUGUUCAGGAUGGUAUUUUAUCAAACUAAUACCAGUAGAUUUUUUCUCAUUUUUUGUGAAAUCUUGACUUAUAUUUCGAUGGAGCAAAAAAUUUAUAAUUUUUUAGUUUCGGAUUAUAAAUGACUUAUUAAAUCAUGUGUACUUUUUUGUCUUUCUGAAGUUGAAGAUGAGGAUUACUACCAAGAGUCAAUCGGAAAAACUUGUUUGCUAUCAAGGACAUGGAUUAGGUUUCGUACGUCCAACCCCUUCAAACCCUUUUAUAGCGUUAUAGGUAGGAGGAGAUUAAUAGCAUUGGUGAAAUGUUAUUUGCUAAAAUUUGAAAUUUGUAAUUUAGAAUUUUGCUUGUUGGGGAUGUUGGUCUCUCAAAUUGAAUCAAAUCAAACUGAAUUGAAUUUGGUGAUUAAGUAAAUGCUGAAGGGGAUAAAGUAAAAAAUCAUGGUAAUUUUCUUGUUCUACUAAACAAUUCUGUAAUGAUACGCAAAGUUUUAAGGGUGGGAAAUAGGAGGAAGGAAGGAGGAUUCUGUUCCCACAAAUUUCAUUCAUAUAUGCUACACAUUUUUUGUAACCGCCUCGAAUUAUGAACGCAAAACACUAACUGGAAUUUAGUAUUAACUAAGCGGAAGCUUACUUUUGCCAACACAAUUAAGGGGUUACUUAAAGGUCAAACCAAUAUCCAAGCAAUAUAACGGAAGUCUUAACUGUCCAAAAUAUAGGAAAAUUACAACCAAAUCGAAAUAAGUCC